UUGUGCGGAGCGGCUCCCUGCUGCCCAGAAGUCAAUAGCUGAGCGCGCCGACCUAGCCCUGCCCCGGCUGCUGUGGCCUUCCUGGGGGCAAGGAGCUCUCUGCCCGGAACGAUCUGCCCCUCUCUGGGAGAGGUGGGUUUGCUGCCCCCUUGAGCGAGUCGCCUCCCCUUCCGGGGCUGCUGGCGUUCCUGUUGCUGACGGGUAACUUCUUUCUCGACCCGAUCUCCCUGGGCAACCUGGGAGUUUGGUGGCGCCCCCUCGAGAGCCGCACGCUUAACCCACGGAGGAGGGUCUGCCCUACACUCUCUGCGUGCCGUUGCCACUGCGUUCCUCCUAGCGGCGUCGGGAAAGUCGGGGUGCCCGCGUCAAACCACCUGCUGGCGCUAAAGCGACAUGCACGUGUAUUUAUGCGUGUGGAUAAGGACAAGGCUUCCAUUCAUGCCUUUUUCCUGGUCCGGGCUCGUCCCAUCCUGACAGCUCAAGUCAAGAGCUGCUGCUGACCUCUGGCUCUGAUUCGUCGAAGGAACAGGAGCAUCUUGCAAAUUGCUUAAAGGGAAUAAAGUGAACAGGCACAUUCUGGCCACACUUUUUGCACGCGUGUUAAGGGGCGGGGUAAAGAUCCGUGAAAAGGAGGGUGAUUUCUUCGCUUUGCGAGUAACAACAACUGGAAAGGCAGUGCACACCAAGUUUCCCGUUUACAGGCAUCUCAGCUCCAGAAUAUUCCUAAUUUUGAAAAUUUUGACUUGGCAAUCCUAGCUAAGCAUCAACAGCCUGAAACGGCUUGUGGAUCUGCAAAGAGGCUUCUCCAUUUUGCAAGGAUCAUUUUAACACUGGAUAUGUAUUGUUGAGCUUGGUCAAAGUCAUGCUUUAGAGAUGAGUAGAAUGUGAGCCCCUCUAGGGCAACCAUCAUGGGUCCCACGCAGCUUGUGGCACAGAAUCAUGGGAAGAAGACAAGUGUAUUUGCCAUGGAGGACAAAGGUUUUGCACUUUUCCAUAGCUCAGAGAUUCCCUCUGAGCAUGUAGAAAACCCUCCCUUGAAACGGAAAAAGGGGCCCGCCCCAAAGAUGCUUGGAAACGAGGUGUGCAGUGUGUGUGGGGACAAGGCCUCAGGCUUCCACUACAAUGUGCUGAGCUGUGAGGGUUGCAAAGGCUUUUUCCGGCGCAGUGUCAUCAAAGGAGCCCAAUAUGUCUGCAAGAAUGGCGGCAGAUGUGAGAUGGACAUGUACAUGCGCCGAAAGUGUCAGGAGUGCCGGUUGCGUAAGUGCCUGGAGGCAGGCAUGCGAGAGCAAUGUGUUCUCUCUGAAGAGCAGAUACAGCGGAAGAAACUUAAGAAGCAGGAAGAUGAUCAGGCCCGGAUGGUAGUUGUGCGCCAGAACCCACCGUCUCCUCCGAGCACCACUCCCAAAAUGACACCAGAGCAGCUUAACAUGAUAGAAAAGCUUGUGGCUGCUCAGCAGCAGUGUAAUCAGCGCUCCUUCACAGACAGACUAAAAGUGACGCCAUGGCCUCAGAUUUCAGAUCCCCUUCAUCGUGAAGCACGACAGCAGCGCUUUGCUCAUUUCACGGAGCUUGCCAUCAUUUCUGUACAGGAGAUUGUGGACUUUGCCAAACAGUUGCCGGGUUUCUUGGAGCUCACCCGGGAAGACCAGAUUGCUCUUCUGAAGACAUCUACAAUAGAGGUGAUGUUGUUGGAGACAUCUCGGCGCUACAAUCCAGAAACAGAAAGCAUCACCUUUUUAAAGGAUUUGAGUUAUAAUCGGGAUGACUUUGCUAAAGCUGGCCUUCAGUUUGAGUUCAUUAAUCCUAUAUUUGGAUUUUCAAAAGGAAUGAAUGAACUGCAGCUCACUGAUGCUGAAUAUGCACUUUUAAUUGCUAUCAGCAUUUUUUCUGCAGACCGACCGAAUGUUCAAGACCAGCCUCUGGUGGAAAGGCUGCAGCAUAACUAUGUACAGGCUCUUCAUUCUUACAUUUGUAUCCACAGACCAAACGAUCAUCUAAUGUUCCCACGAAUGUUAAUGAAACUGGUCAGUCUUCGGACUCUAAGUAGCGUUCAUUCUGAACAGGUGUUUGCUCUUCGGCUACAGGACAAGAAGCUGCCACCACUUCUUUCAGAGAUCUGGGAUGUCAAUGAAUGACCACACUGUCCCAGGGCACUGACCUGCUGAAGCAAACCCAGCAUUAACUCUUUGCUAACAAGAAACUGUCCUUCCCUCUCCACAAAACUGAAGCAGUACAGAGGCCUGCGUUCCUGCAGUUUUUCUGCUCUGAUGAGACAAUGUUUAAGGCGAAUGGGUUGGACCAAGUGAUGUUUUAGUCUUUGAUUUAAUGUUUUCCAGAAGUGGGACAACUGAAGCACCUCAACAUGGUAGAGAUGAAGAAUCCACUCUAACAAUUUCUCCAGUGGCUUUCUUCUUCCAAGCACCUUUCCUGCGUUUAAUUUCAAGGACCCACCAUCCAGACACACACAGAGGCUUCUCAGGAGUUUCAGAGGCAAGACCCUUUGCAAAUCCAUUUUGUGCUACUUCAUGGGAAUUCCUCUGAACUGAAUAUUCUUAAUAUAUUUUGACAUCCACAACAAUUAGUAGAGAGUGGGAUAUGUAAUGACAUUUGUGGCUUUUCCUUUCUUUCUAGGGGGAUUUGUUCCUUCUGCAAGCUGGAGCCAUAAGAGCUAUCUGUAUGAACUCACAGUUGGGCUUUGUUGACUUUUUAGAACAGGUCCUGUGGAUUGGGAGGGUAGCUGCAUCAUAGAUAUGUCUUAUGAUUACCUUUUCAAAUAUUUCUUUCUCUCCCUACCAUGCCCCUGCUUCUCCAAAGUACAACUGUCACUAGUAUUUUAAGGCCAUUCACAUGUACAGCAUAGAUGCGUGCAGCUACUCUAAAUGUGAAAGUGUACAUCGCAUGUAUGUACAGUAUACGUUCAUGAAGCACAAUCCUGUGUAUGGAUAUUAAAAAGUAAGUUCCCUGAGUUCAAUAGGGCUUAUUCUCAAGUAAUUACAGCCUUACUCUUUCAGUCACGUGGCGUUAUAGAUCAGUGUUUGCUGAAGGUCUGUGACACCUGCAUUGCAAGAAUGAAGAGUGUUCCCAGUCCUCGCCCAAGAUAUUUUGAUGCCUGACACACAGGACAAGAUGGUGCAGCUUCCCUAGUUCAGAUAUAGAAGCUGACUGGACUGGCACUUAAUCUUACUUCAACAUUGGCAAUGGAAUAACGUCCAUCAUCACACCUGAAGUAGCAAGCUAGUUUAGGGGUCCCAGAACAGGCUGUAUAGCUUUUACAACUCAGUGAUUUUUAAACAACUGGGAGGCUGUCACUAUGGCUAUCUGGUAUCUGCCUCCUGAGGCAGUCACCUAACUAAUGGUAGGGUUGGACCUGUUUGGAGCUAUUUGUAUGAGCCUGCAGUUGUGCUGUGUGUGUGUAUUUGCCUAUGUUGAAAUAGUAUUGUAAACACUGAAUAGACCUGCAGAUUGCAUAAGUCUCAAAGGGUGGGACUAAAUGUUACAUGGAAAUCUGUGUAAUAAAAUCAUUUUCUCCCCUUCCCCCCUUCCCCCACACCCAUUCUCUACUGUAAGUUUCACCCUCAAAACCAUAUUUUCCCCAACAAAAACACCCAGGUGGGGAUUUUGUUACAUGUGUUCACAUGCUUAAUAUUGCCCUCAGAAAUUGUCAGGAUGGAAUAGAACUCAAUUUGUCUAUGUGAGGCAUUAAGCCUAUGUACACCAGCCUAUGGGGAACAUGGGUGGGGGUGUGCUGUUGCAUUUAUGUCCUGACUUGUAGAUUACUGGUCAACAUCUGGUUGGCCACUGUGUGAAUAGAAUAUUGGACCAGAUGGACCCUUGGUCUGAUACAGCAUAGCACUUUCUAUCCAAGAAUAUUAACUUUGUUAAGAGUAUGAAGGGGCACCCAUCUGUUCCGAGACAUUUGCUUGUGACCUUUUGUUUCUACCUUCACUAUGCCAAGUUAUUACUUAAGGAUGGCCCUUUAGUUUUAAUACCUAUAAAGAGUUAAAUAUUCACAGCCUAAUCCUAUACAAACUAAUCACACCUAAGCUCAUUGAUUUCCAUGGGCUUCAGCACACUUACAUUUGCAUAGGAUUAGGCUGCUAGAGAAAUAAAUUACUUGAAAAAAAUACUGAUCAAACUACCUGCCAGGAUGUUUGAUGCCUGGAAUUAAAUCUGAGAUUCCCUGGUACACUAGUAGUAGGUGCUUCCUUCUUUUGUCAGGAUUUCAGUUUGCUUGUCCUGCAAACAUCCUGAGAGCCUGGGCCCAUGAACCAGUGUGAUUACUGAUUAUGUAGCAAGUGCCAUACCUAUGGUGUUGGUCUUGUGUCUAUUUUGCACUUGAGGUUGGUCUCUUUCCACUGGCCUUUACUCUAUGAAGCACUUGUAACAAUUUGUAAAAUCUGUUUUUAUAACUCUUUGCAAUUGCAAAAAUCCUUAUUUUUAAUUCUGUAUUUUAACUAAUCCUUUGCAAAAUGUUAAUGUUUGUGUAAAAGAAUAAAACUAAUACAGAAUUUUGACUGUCUCAUGAAGAACCAUUCCUGAUGCAUCCA